UGAGUUGGAUAUUAAAGGCAUCAUGGAAAUGAAGAUUGCUGUAAGUACAAUGCAAACCUAAAUGGCUUUCUGUAGCUACUUCGAGACCAGCUAUCCUUCAAAACCCACUGUACUCAAUUCUUCCACGCAGGUCUUUUUUGCCCUAUUGGGAAUUGCGUCACUGGAGGCGCAAAAUCCAUUGGACACGAAAGUCACUUUGAACGGUGAAGAAAUACAGGAAGAUUCCAUUUUGACGGACGUAAAGUUGGACGAUGUAUUUGUCUGCUCCACAUCGAAGAUGAGCGAUUUGGUGUGGCGCAGAGGAGGAACCUCUGACAGCACUGACUCAAACAUUGAAAUACAGCCCGAUAUGAUCCUAGACCAGAAUGUGGUAACGCUAAGCUUUACCGCUUUCGUAGAAGACGGCAUUUUCAUAUGUGGCGUUUGCAACAACUGUGUGCGAUUCGCAAUUUACACCCCAAAUACAACAACGCGGGACGCUCUCCUGGGAGCCACCAGUGUUUUGGCUCUGCUUUUCGUGUUGUCUUUGACAUUGGCGCUUUACGCCAUACGAACAAAACUCCGCAUAGCGGAGGCCCUUGAUCACCAGCAACGGGAAAACCAAGCCCGGCGAGCCACCGCCAUCGAAGACACGGUCUUUGUCCGCAGGGUGGAUGGCCCUCCGCAGUACUCUCCGGACCUACCACAGACAGACAGGAGAGUACUGCCAGCGGAAAUCCAAGCUGGUGUGUGGCCAUCGUUCCGCCUGGCCCCCAGGUCGGCGGAGCGCAGAGAGGAAGUGCACGCUCUACACAGCAGAGCGUGUAGUGCCUCUCUGCGCUCCCAGUCACCGCAAGCAGCACCGUCGCCCGUGGGCCAGGCUCCAGCACUGCCACCACCACCCCCUGAUUCGCCUCCUCCUCAAUACAAGGAGGACGACGACUCAGAGACGUCCGUCUAAAUGCUCCCCCUUGUCAUCAUCAUCCCCAUCACCGUCACCAUCAUCAUCCCCCAUCACCAUCAUCACCAUGCCUCUCUUCACUCCCAUUCAGCAUUAUUUAUCUCAUAACUUGAUCUCUUCCGUAAUUUUCAAUACAAUCAUCUACAUACUUUAUCUGGUCAUCACGACCAUUUCAUCCAUAUAAUUAUGUGUAAUUUGUAAAAUUAAUAGUUGUUAGAGUUACAUGUAACUUGCUAAAGUACUUUUAUUGUUAUAUUCAUAUUAGUACUUUUAUUGUUAUAUUCAUAUUAGUACUUUUAUUGUUAUAUUCAUAUUCAUUGAGUUAUGCUUACAUUGUUAAAGUAGUCCAAAUGUCACUUCAGCUCGUCCUACUUAUUGCCAUAUUAAAAUCGUUGUCUCCUCGUCGAAUAUUUAUGCAUAUCAUAUUACAUUUACUUUUCUGCAUCUAUUGUUCCUCUCGUUUGCUAACAGUAAAUGUACUUCAGAUAUAAUCACUACUUGGAUGCAAUGAAUGGGAUUUACUUUA